AAAAAAAAAAAAAGAAUGUCUUCUUCUUCACAAGAUGAUAACAAUACAUCCCAACAAACGAUAGAUGAUAUAUACUCACAUGACCCAGAUUGUAAAUAUGACCAUCCAAUUCCUGAUCCUAAAUCUCUCGACCAUAUCAUAGACUCCACAAUAGAUUCAUAUCCUUCUUCAAUUACACGCGAAUUCAUUGAAAAAACAAUUAAUCAACCGUUACAUGGUCUUCUAAUCCCGUCUCACAAGUGUAAAUCGCCAUACGCAUUUCAUCAUCAUUUAAGCGCUCGUACACUUUUUAAACGUGAUUACAUUAAUCUAAUACAUAAAGAAAUUUUAUCACCUAAACCAAAAUUAUCCGCUAACCCGAUUGUUGCAAGUUGUACGAAUAUUUCUCCUUCUACUUCCAUCUCUCGUCCUAAUUCUGGUAGAAAUUUGAAUGGUUAUUCUUCUACUUCAUCAACUAAAACCCUGGAUCAAGAAAUCAACAUUUUAGCUUCUCUUUGGGGUGAAUCAUCUCAAGAGACGAAACAAGUAUAUGAAAUACUUGAAAAAUGUAGUGAAAGGAUUCACGAAUACAUGUUUAAAGCAAAUAGAGUUGAAAAAGAAAAGGAGGAAUCCGCUAGAAGGAAAAUCUUCGAAUCAACGUUACCUUCUCAAUCAUGGAAUCAUCAUCAAGAUACAUCGACUUCUGAUUCAAAUAUUCUUGAUGAUUAAUAAUCGAAAAACGUUCAAAAAAGAUGAAGAAAAAAGGACUUUUUUUUUUCGUUUUAUAAUUUAAUUCAUUAUAGUAGUAUAUAUAUAAUAUACUAAAUAAAUAAAAUAAGUCAUCUUACCAUUAUAAAUACUAAAAUAGAGACAUAAGUUUUUUUUUCCCCUAAGUCAAAAAAAAAAAAUUUUUUA